AUGGGUUCCAUGGGAGCGAACAGCGGCUCGUCCGUCUCCGCCUUUACUACAUCGUCAACGAUCCCUUUCUGGCUCGAAGGCAAGCAAGUUAUAUCCGCCGAGACGUUCGAUGUAAUUUCUCCUCUUGAUCAAAACCCCCUGUACAAAUGCUCUUCUGCCUCUGAAGAGGAUGUACUCGGAGCAGUCAAUGCCGCGAAAGAGGCAUACGUCUCUUGGUCUCGAACCAAGCCAGACACAAGAAGAGACAUUUUUCUUCGGGCCGCAGAGCUAUUUGAAAGAAGGAGAAAAGAGAUGUUUCAUUACAGCCACACCGAAACGGGCGCAGCACAGAACAUCUUCGACAUCGAGCAUGGCUUUGCCGCCAAUGCGUGCCGAAGUAUUGCGGGCCUAAUCCAGGUCGCGACUACAUCGUCGAUGCCCAUUGUUGCCGAGGAGGGUCGUCAUGCUAUGUUGGUUAAAGAGCCUUAUGGUGUUGUCUUGGCAAUAUCUCCUUGGAAUAUCCCCAACGUGUUGGGUCUGCGUGCUUGUUUGCAGCCCCUGGCGAUGGGAAACACGGUGGUUCUAAAGGGCCCAGAAGCGGCCCCGGGGACUCUGUGGGCCAUUGCGUCUAUCCUUCACGAAGCCGGUCUGCCGAUCACAGACAUGUUGAUUGCGCAUCCGGCAAUCAAGAAGAUCAACUUCACCGGCUCAACGCCUGUCGGUGCCGUCAUUGCCCAGCAAGCGGGUAAACACCUGAAGCCAACUGUCAUGGAACUCGGUGGUAAAAACCCUGUGAUAGUAUGCGAGGAUGCCGAUAUCCAACAGGCUGCUCUCAAAUGCGCAAUGGGUGCCUUUUUGCAUUCCGGCCAAAUUUGCAUGUCUACUGAGCGCAUCAUUGUCAACGCCAAGAUUUCCGACACCUUCCGUUCAGCUCUUUGCGCUGCCGUGCUCAAAUUCUUUGCGGAUCAAGGCACUGAUGCUGCACAGCUCGUGAAUACUACUGCUGUGGAGAAGAACCAAUGGCUCCUCAAAGAUGCAUUGGCAAAGGGAGCCAAUCUUGCCAACAACAUUGCUCAUGGUGUUGAGUAUGGCGGCACGCGAAUGCAGCCAGUUAUAAUAGAGCAUGUCAAGCCUGGUAUGGAAAUCUACAACACCGAGUCAUUUGGGCCAACGGUAUCUCUUUUUGUGGUCGACACUGACGAGGAGGCUGUCGCAAUUGCAAAUGACACCCCCUAUGGCUUAUCCAGCGCUGUGUUCACGGAAGACCUCCGUCGUGGCUUCAAUGUUGCCCGCGCGAUAGAGUCAGGUGCUGUACAUAUUAACUCCAUGACUGUUCAUGAUGAGCCAGCACUGCCUCAUGGAGGAGUGAAGAGUAGUGGCUGGGGACGGUUCAGUGGUUUGCAAGGGCUUGACGAGUGGGUUCAGACAAAGGUAGUGAGCUGGAGGGAUUAA